AUGUUAUGUGAAGUGGAAUCAUCUGGAAGGAUACUCAAGUUUGACUGCAUUCAGUUUGAUGGGGAAGAUUUUCGGGGAUGGUGGUUCAAGUUGGAGCAGUUCUUCAAGGCUGAAGAUCUACCAGAGCAUGCUAAGUAUCAUAUCUCUAAUUCAUUGCGUAACCCCAUCAUCCAACUGACGCCCAAUCGUGGAAUCAGUUUUAGUCCAAUUCGUUGCACCGCACCCGACGCCGAUGCCGACAGAAAAGUCUCCGCUCGCCUCUCGCAAAUGCAACAGCUCUUUCAGGAAGCGGAAGAGCGAGCCAGCUCUGCCAAGAAUGAGCCCACUCCUCAAAUCACUUUGGAUCAUGUUACGGUGAGUUUUGCAAGGAGUGGUGGCCCUGGUGGUCAAAAUGUAAACAAGGUUAACACCAAGGUGGACAUGAGGUUCAAUGUAAAACAGGCUUAUUGGCUUAGUGACAGGAUUAGAGAGAGGAUUAUGCAAAUGGUUUGUCACUGCCAUCUAUUAUCUUUUAAAGAAUUUAUGAUAUUGCUAAUCGUUUUCCAUCGAGAUAAGAACUGAAAUGAAGCUGAUUUGUACUUGUGCAUUGAUUUUACUUUUACAACCCUGUGAUUUUAUACUUGAUUCUCACAUAAUCGAGAAAAGCUCCAAAGUAUCGUGCCAUGGCUGUAAAUGAGAAGGCUUUAAGCAAUGUUUUGCCAAGACUAGCAGAAGCAAGCAACUAUUACUUCUUCUUUUUCUUCCUCUUCUAUUUACAGCUUGUCCUGUUCGUGGAGUUAUGGUAUUAUCAUCAAGCAAUGUAGCUUUUAUACAGUAGUAAUUUAGAACUGUUUGCUGAGAUCAUAGC